AUGGCUAUUCUUCUCUCAUCUUCAGACUUCAGUGGUGAUCACGACUUGGAAGUGCCUUUCCUUGGAACUCAAGCUUGGAUUAGAUCUCUUAACUAUUCUCUUAUUGCUGACUGGAGACCUUGGAUGAUAGGCGAUCAAAUCGCUGGAUACACGAGGACUUAUGCCUAUAAGAUGACUUUUGCUACUAUAAGAGGAGGAGCACACACUCCAGAGUAUAAACCAGAUGAGAGUUAUAUCAUGUUCCAGAGGUGGAUCAGUGGCCAACCUCUUUAA